AUGGCGGAAAAGACGGCGGCAGAAAUUCGAGAUGAGACUCGUUUGGCUCAGCUUGGCUACAAGCAAGAGCUGCGACGCGACUGGAAAUUAAUUCACAACUUUGGCGUGUCAUUCUCGAUUAUUGUAAAAAUGACACGACUGCAUGUUCGAAUCGCCCGGCUGAUGAAGAUGGCUAGUUAUGGAUUGAAUACCGGUGGCCCGGGUGUCAUGACGACCGGAUGGAUCGUUGUCUCGUUCAUGACUUUCUUCGUCGGCUUGAGUAUGGCAGAGAUCGUCUCCGCAAUCCCCACGAGCGGCGGCCCGUAUUUCUGGGCGGCGAUGCUAGCUCCGCAAAAAUAUGCGCCGUUUCUAUGCUGGUUGACAGGAUGGUUCAACUUUGUGGGACAGUUUGCUGUGACUACCGGAAUCAGCUUUGGAUGCGCUGGGCUUAUCGCGACUGCCGCAACGAUCAAGACUAGCUGGGUGCCAACUGCUGGGCAGGAAAUUGGGAUUUAUGCGGCAAUCCUGAUCAGUCACGGCUUGAUCAAUACGUUUGGCGUACACAUCUUGCGAUAUCUCAAUAUUUCCUCGGUUAUCUUGCACAGUCUUGGAGUUGCUAGUCUGGCCAUUGCAGUGGUAGCAAAGGCGCCGACUCAUCAGAGUGCUGCUGAGGUUUUCCAGCAUUUCUACGAUGGUACUGGUGAUCCCGGAUGGUCUGUGAGAGCUUCACCGGCCUAUGUUGCGAUUUGUGGUAUCCUCCUCAGCCAAUAUACAAUCACUGGAUUUGAUGCAUCGGCCCAUCUUUCCGAAGAGACUCAUAGAGCAGAAUGGAGCGCCCCCAUCGGCGUGCUCAUGUCCAUCGGAGUCUCCGCUGUAUUCGGCUUCUUCCUCCUGCUUUGUCUCCUAUUUUCCAUCCAAGACUUUGCUUCUACUGUCGACUCGACCACUAACUACGGCGAACCCGUAUUCAAAAUUCUAGUGGACUGUAUGGGCGAAGACGGUGCGCUUGUGUGCAUCGCAAUCAUCAUCCUCUGUGUCUGGCACUGUGGUCUUUUUAGCAUCACAAGUAACAGCCGCAUGAUGUUUGCAUUUUCCCGCGACGGCGCUCUACCCAAAUUCUUCGACUACGUUGAUCCAAAAUUCCAGAGUCCUGUACGAACAGUCUGGUUGGCGGCGUUUUUGGCAUUUUGUCUAGCCCUGCCUUCGCUCGGAAGCUCUGUGGCGUUCUCGGCGGCUACGAGUAUUGCAACGAUUGGAUUGUAUAUCAGUUAUGCGCUGCCGAUUUUGAUUGCUCUGGUGUGGCCAAGCAAUUUCAACAAAGGUCCUUUCAACCUGGGUAAUUUCUCACGCAUUGUUGGUGGCAUAGCUUGUUCAUGGGUUCUUUUCAUCACAAUUGUCUUCUGUCUUCCAGAGGAAAAUCCGGUAUCAUCUCAAACACUCAACUACACACCCGUGGCGGUUGGUAUUGUGCUAGUAGCUACAUUAGGAACGUGGUUUCUCUGGGCCCACCGUUGGUUUACUGGACCAAGGCGCCAGACGGCCCUUGAGACCGUUGAGGAUUUUGAGAAUAAGACCUCAAUUGCAGAGAACACUAAAGGUGCUUGA